AUGUCCGCUGCAGUCCUCGUACUGUACAAUCCAGUCUCUGGAGACAGCACUGCAAAGGAAUUCUUCCAGAACCAUGUCCUUCCACGCCUCGACAGUAGUGGCAUAGAGCCUUCGGCCAUCGUGGCUACGGAACACGCUGGUCAUGCGGGCACCGUUGUCACCGACUUCCUUCAAAAACAUCGAGGGGAAGUCGUCGUCGUCCUUGGCUCCGGAGACGGUACGCUUCACGAGGUCGUAAAUGCGCUGUCAGGCCAUGUAUUCGACACCGCUCGUACAAUAACCUUCGCCCUUGUUCCAUGCGGAACCGCCAAUGCGCUAUUCUCAUCCCUCUUCCCGCCCACUUCAGAAAGCCCCGCUGUCGCGCACAAACUAUUAUCUUUGGAUGCUUUUAUCGCUCGUUCAAAGCCAAAGCCGCUGACCUUGGCACGAACUACUCUUUAUGAGGGACCCACCCAACAGAUCCCCUGUCACAGCACUAUUUCGGUUGUCGUCACGUCUGCAGCACUCCAUGCUUCCAUACUGGAAGAUUCGGAACUGCUGCGCAAAGAAAUUCCUGGCAUAGAGCGCUUCAAAGUCGCAGCCCAGCAGAAUAUAGCUCGAUGGUACCAGAGUCGGGUCAAACUCUUCCCCUUGUCGUCGACUGGUGUCGUUCAAGUCUACGACGCCAAUAUGAAAGCACUCGUGCCUCACAAAGGUCCAUUAGACUUGUCUGGCCCGUUUGCGUAUUUCUUAUCGACGGUCAACGUGGAUCGCCUGGAACCUGCAUUCCGUAUUACUCCUCAGUUCUCAACAGAACCGCCACAGGGUGCAUCACUAGAUGUUGUGGUCGUUCGACCACAGCGUGAUCCAGUGUUCAGGUCUGAUACCCCUCAAACAAGAGAGGCAUUUGCGGCGAAGGCAUACGCCGUUCUCAUGGCAGCUUAUCAAGACGGUAAUCACAUACGUUUGAGGUACAAGGAAAGUGGGGAUAUCUGCGAGGAUAGCGAUGGACCAACAGUGGUGGAGUAUUUCCGUUGCGGUAGUUGGGAGUGGAUACCCCGGGAAGUGGAUGAGAAGGCCCGCCUUGUCUGCUCAGAUGGUUCGAUUCUCAAGAUAGCCGAAGGAAGGCAAGGCUUUCUGUGA